ACUCGGCGCCCCUCAGUGGACACCGGCGCUCGGGAUAGCAAGGAGAGGAGGUCGGGCCAGAGUCCGCGCUUGCAGGGUCUGCCGGCGUGGGAUGGUAGCCCGCUGGUAGCUGCCGCUGGCAACGGACGCCGAGGGCCCACCUCGACAACGCCAAGCGCCGCCCGCAAGCCUACGCCACCAGCCAUGGCCCCGCUCGCUAUCUGCUUGGUGUGGGCGUGCCUGCUGGCGGCCGCCCCCGCCGCCUCCGAGGUGUGGGUGCGCCUCCCUGACGGCAGCCGGCUGCUGGGCGCCGCUACCGCCACCGCCAGGACGGGCCGGCCGGUCUACGAGUUCCGCGGGGUGCGGUACGCCUCCGCCCCCUCCAGCGAGCGCUUCAAGCACUCCCAGCCGGUGGGUCCCCUGGGCGAGUACAACGCGACGCAGUUCGCGCCACCCUGCCCGCCCGCCUUCAGCUGGUCCAACGACUGGUUCACCGACCCCGACCCGGAAGUUCUCGCCAACCUGCGGCAUCCCGCAGAGGACGAAGACCAAGAGGACUGCCUCUUCCUCAACGUCUUCACGCCCACGCUGGACCCCGGGGCGCGGAUGGCGGUGCUGGUGCACAUCCACGGCGGCUCUUACAUCGCGGGGUCGCCGCUGCUGGCGCGGCCCGGCUUCAUGCUCGAGCACGACCUGCUGCUCGUCACCGUCCAGUACCGCCUCUUCGUGCCAGGCUUCCUGUACGUGGGCACGGACGACGCGCCGGGCAACAUGGGCCUGCUGGACAUGACGACGGCGCUCAGCUGGGUGCAGCAGAACAUCGCCAGCUUCGGCGGCGACCCCGGCCGCGUCACCAUCUCUGGGGGCAGCGCGGGGGCGGCCGCCGUAGAACUGCUCGCCUACAGCCCCGUCGCCUCGCAGCUGUUCCACCAAGUGGUGCCGAUGAGCGGGUCCGCGCACGCGGCGUGGGCCAUGGAGAAGCCCGAGGACGCCGUCAGGGCGGCGAAGAACAUCGCGCGCCUCGCGGGCUGCAACUCGACCCGCGCCCAGGAAAUGGUCGCCUGUCUGCGCUCCGUCCCCAUCGCAAAUCUCUCCGAUAUUUACAUGGAACACGCAAUGUCGUUCUGGGACAACGACGUGGACACGCUGGUGGGCGUGACGCCGGUGGUGCAGGACAGGCGGCUGCGGUCGCCCGCCGUGCUGCCCGCCUCGCCGCGGGAGCUGUGCGCGCCCAGGAGCACCUACCGAGGGCGGCCCAUGAUGGUCGGCGUCACCAAGCACGACGGGCACUUCUUCGUCGGCCAUGGCCUUCACGUAUGGAUGAACUCAAAUGUGACGGAGAGAGAGCGGCUCUACCGGAUGCAGUCCUUCCUAAUGGAGAGCCUGAAAACUGAGUACGACCCGGUGAUCGCGGACGCCCUAUACGAGAAGUACCUGAACGGAUAUAACAGGACCGAGGACAUAUUCAUCGCCCUGACGGACUUCAUCGGUGCGGCUAAAUUUAAAGGUCCCAUGAUAAAGUCAGCCAACUGCAACACAAACCACGGUGGAAGGACGUAUGUGUACACGCUAAAUCAUGUGGGCCGUUUCCCGAAUCAAGCUGUCGAACAUGGUAUGGAUGUGCUGUACCUUUCACCCAGGUCGGACUUCAGGUUGUCUGAAGAAGAUGAAAAGGUUUCGAGGAGGCUCGUUCAUCUGCACGCGAACUUCAUCAUGUAUGGGGACCCGACGCCAAACACGAGCCGGGUGGACGGCGUGCCGCAGUGGCCGCCGUACGAACCGCGGGGCGGCCCCUACCUGCGCGUCGACUGGCCGUUCCGCGUGCAGCGCGACUUCGAGGCGCGCGAGUUUAACGUGACGCGUGCCGAGGGCAUCGGCAGGUCCGGCAGCCGCCGCGCCGGCGCCACCGUCGCCGUGCUACUGCUGUGCGGGGCGCUGCGGCAGCUCCUCUCGCGGUGACCGACGCAUCGCAGCCAGUGGGGCGGCUCUGCUGCCCGCCACCGUACGCUGGUCUCGCAGUGUCUGGAGACGGAGAUCCACAGCAGCGAGUGACAUGAAGGCUCAAUCUGCAGUGGCGUCGUGAGCUAUAUUUAACGCCAGAUAGCUCAGUACUAAACUGGAGAGACUACUGCACGAGGAGAUGCCAUUACGCACGACGUCGACUUGGGAUUGCAUCCUUCCACACCUACAAAACCUAGAUCCUAUCUAUGCCAGUGUUGCGCAGAUGUCCACUCCACCAAAGCUCUCUCACUCCAUCCAAAUCAUUAAACACGACAGACUCCACCUCACUUUCCUCAUCCCUUUACCUUCUCUGUGAUUCCAUUUACCAUCUCACUGAAUUCCCACUCUCCUCAUAUUGAACACUGACUACUACUAUCUGCAAACCUGACUCUAACAACUGUAUUGAGUAGCCUAUAAUUUCCAAUCCCAAUACGCUGCCACUCCCGUGCCAAAAAUUUCAGUCGACUAUCUCUCCUAGAGAAUGACCGAGUGAGAUAGAGCGUGAUAAAACACUGGACUCGUAUGCGGGAGAAUGGCAGUUUGUUUCCUCAUCUAACAUCCAGAUUUAGGUUUUGCGUGACUUCCCUAAAGCACUUAACGCGAAUGCCAGGAUGGUUCCUUUGACAGGGCAGUGCCGAUGUCCUUAGUCUGAGCUUGUGUUCCACCUCUAAUUACCUCACUGUCGACAGGACUUUAAGUCAUAAUCUCUUCCCAGACAAUGAAACUCGCUCCACUAAUUAUCCAUCCUACUAACUAAAACUCUUUCCCUCCUACAGCAUACACCCACCUCCUUCCCCUCCUCUUCCUCCCGUGCAGCUUCUCCUUUCCCCUUUGCUUUCCAUCUUCCCUAUCCCUUCCUGCUCAUACUGUGGCACUGUCCACACACCAAACUCCUACUCCCUUUCUUCUCCCCACCAUCCACUCCAACACACAUUCACGUCUCUGUCCACCUGAUCCAUCUGCUUAUACCCACAUCUUAAAACACUACAGAACACUUUACAUUCCCAUCCAUUAAACACGUUUCUCUAGUGCAGCUCCUUCAGUUUUAGUGGAAGCACAGUGCUUCUUUUUAAGAUCAGCAGCAAUCUGCCAAGUCUUUAAAUAUAUUUUUAUUGUAUCACGUAGUUUUUGAAUCUAAAGCAAAAAUUGGGAAAGUUUACAGUGAAAUUUAUGCAUGUACCACUAUGCAAAUACUUCUUUAAUUAAUUUUAAAAACAUUUGUAAAUAUUUCACUUGUGUAUUAUACUGUUUAUUCUUUAUAUGUUUUUAAACUUUUUGGUUGGAGAGAGAGUCUUGAUGGCAGUGAAUUUGAUGGUACUGAUACUAUGCAACAAUGUACCAGUUUAAUUUCUAGUUCACUGUUAACACUGAUUCAUGUCUGCCAGUUAUCCUCUGCAAGAUCAGUUUCACAACUGUUAUGUUCGAUUUUCAGAUGUAAUUUUCAUUAUAUUGCUGAAGAUCUACUGUAAUCACCUCCUCAAAAAUCUUACUUCUGUACAAGAGAGGUUAGCUUGCACUUUACAUAUCGGAGUCACGAGACAGCAUAUCAAUACCAAAUGGGGGAAGCAGUAACAUCAUAACUUCUUCAUAUGAUUAUUUUACCAAAUGAUUUGUGAAGAUUCAAUAAAUCAUUUUAAUGUGACCA